AACUCCGAGGAGAGAUCCCCGCAGCUGGGAAGCCCUGUUGGGAGCGGACUACUGUGGGCGUCAUGGGCGAACUUUGUUUCUGUUUUGGAUGCCAAUGCUGAAUGCUGUCAUGUUGGAGAGGCGCUUCUGAAUGCAGGUGGCAUCUCACCCUUCCAAGAGCUGUCUUGUUGGUACUGUUCUUGUGUAUGUAAAUAUAAUCACUCAUCAUGAUCAAGCAGUCUUCCUUCCUCAAGUGGGCCCAAAACAACAAGAACUCCGUCAAAAAAGCAAAAGCGAAGAUGAACCGGGUGGCCGUAGAUGGAUCCAUCCAGCAGAUGCUCUGCAGAAAGGACAUGUUGCGUAUCUGGUCAAGUUUCUCGGCUUCACUGAAGUGGAACAGUCCAAAGGCAUUGAAGUUGUUCGAGAGGGAAUACGCAAGCUUAAGUUUAAUCAGCAGCUGAAGAGGUCUGAAGGCGGCAAGGUACCGAAGGUGGAGCUGACGAUUUCAGUCGAUGGUGUUGCCGUGCAAGAUCCCAAAACAAAGAGGAUAUUUCACCAGCACCCGCUGCAUCGUAUCUCCUACUGCGCGGAUGACAAAACUGACAAGAAGUCAUUCAGCUUCAUCGCCAAGGAGUCGGAUGGUGAACGGCACUCGUGCUUCGUGUUCUCCAGCGAAAAGUUGGCUGAAGAAAUCACACUGACCAUAGGACAGGCAUUCGACUUGGCUUACAGGAAGUUUCUUGAAACCUCAGGCAGAGACCUUGAGAUGAGGAAACAGUUCAUGAUUCUCCAAAAAAGAGUACAAGAUCUAGAAGAAGAAAACAGUCGACUGCGCAAGUACCUUCGUGACGGCGAUUACUCGCAUGGGGACGGUGUUGCCUCCCAUACAGAAACAAACAACCACAAGCCAAAGGCUAAGGUUCGAGCAAUCUCAACAAAUGGUACCAGCAAGCCCAGCUCAAGUAACGUGGUCCCAGAGCCUCUGCCACCUCCUGUUCCUCCCCGGGGUUCUGACCACGGCCAGCCUUCACAAGACCUUCUUGGCCUGACGGUGCCAACUGUUGGCACACGUCUUGAAAACUUGUCCAUGGAUGACCUGGAAGACUUCAAUCCAAGAGCAGAGACUGAGCCUGUACAAGCCAAAACUAACGGGUGUUCAGAAGCGUCCACCAACGGUACGUUGGACACGCCGUCCAGUGUUGCCGCCGCCAAGGACCUCUUUGGUGCAGAGCCGUUUUCGCCGACAAAAGAGGAAGACCCCUUUGGCAUGGGUGACUUCUCGGACAACCUUGGAGGUCAAGAGCUGGAGAAUGCGAUUGGCAUAAUUGACCGCAGGCUUAACGAAAUGAAGGAUGGUUUCAGCCGAGGACUCUCCUUUGGAAAGGAUGAUUUUCUUCUUGAACAGUUGGACCCUUUGGGAAGCAAGCCACUUGCCUGAAUUGAUGAGUGUGAAAAUUGAGUCAGCAAUGUUAUUGUGCCCCACACUUCUUUCCUUUUCUUUUGUUUUUUAAUCUAAGCUGUUUUAAGCUGAAUAUUGAAUUUCCAGAUUUCUUUUUCUCAUUUUCUCCACGUAAUUUUGUCAUAUUUAGUAUCAGUAGUGAGGCACAACACAGCAGAAGCAAGUUGCGUGUGCUGAGAAUGGACCACACAUAUACGCCCAAGCCUACUUUCGUUUCAUUCAUUGUUUUAGACGUGUUUGUUGUAAGAGGCUCACAUAAUCUCUGGGUGUUUGCAUAUUUUUCAGUGCUUUCCAUCUUCAUUCCACAGUUCUUGAAAACUGCUUUGACCAAACCAAACAACUAGCAUUUCUUUUCUCCUGUAUGUGUGAAUGAUGCACGGUGCUUCUUUACCACUACUUUUGCACAUCACCUAGAGGACAGCAUAUGGGUGCACAUAUACAUUUUUUUAACUGUCUCAAAAGGCUAGUCUUCAUGAUGAAAGCCUUUUAUUGUAUUUUUUUAAAGCUUUUUUUUUAAACUCUCUUUAUAUGCAAGGUUCCUUUUUUUUUUUUUUUCACUUGCUGCGAAUGUUGAGUGUGUUGCCUGAGAGGCUGUGCAGUUGGAUGUGCAUAUAACCAACCUUGAAUAUAGAAAAGUAUUUUAGCCUGUUGGCCUCGUCCAACACUGGUUUCACCGUGCGAGCAGAGCCAGGCAUUAGAGCUGUGAUUGUUUUCCUCCUUUUUUUUACUUUUUCAUUGCUUUCUUUCCUUCCUCUAGCACAAGAUUAUACGCUGAUAACAUAUCUAGGCACGCGUCUGUUAAGGCUUACCACCACUGUAUAGGAAGCCAUGCGCCGCUUUUUUCAUUCAUCUCGAAGUGUCUUAACAGAUGUCAUGCCUGAAAUGAAUGUAGCUAGGUCUUGUUCCAAUAACUUCCUACCACAAUGACCAAUACAUUUUGAAAGAUACCGGAGGGAGGAGGUGUAGCUUCACGUAUGCCGAUAUCUGGGAGGGUGUCUGUCACCUCUUAAUAGCAAUAACGCAGGUUUAUGUAAGCCAUGUCCAGUGUACACAUCCUUUCAUCCACUUCAAAAGGCAAUUGUUGCAUGCUCCUAGCAUGGACUUCUUGUGUAUAAGCCUACGUUGUGCUGUGUUAUGAUAAGGUAAAUACUGGACAAAAGUGGCUUGAAAGGGCAAAAAAAACUGCAUGCCGGAAAAAAAACUGCAUGCAGGCAGCAUCAUGGUUUACAUCCACUACCAUUUCGUCUUGAGUCUUUUUGAACACCCAACCCAACGGUAUCCAAUAAUUUUUAAUCUGCCAUCUUCGAAGACUACUGACCAGCUCUACACCCGAGACUUCCACUCCGGUUUAAUUAAUGCUCUUUGUUACAUAAGUACGAUGGCCUGCGUGCUUAAUAAGGCUACGUUGAAUUGUGGAAGUUUGGCAUUUAAAAGCGCUUCCUCAUUUUUCAACUUCCAAGUACGAGCCCUGUGAUGUGGAACAUCAGAAAGGCAAUGCUCUGAAUGGGUUUGUACAAUAAGCUGCGUACAGGUCUUAAGCCAUUGGGGCUGAUACUUAUGGCCCAGAACCUAAAUGUUUUAAGGCCUGAGCAGUUACAAGGCCAAAAUAAGCUUGAUAGGAUUGUAAAGCUUUAAAUUACUUUGGUGGUUACGGCUCUUCUGCUACCGGUUGAUAUAAGGACCGACAGACAGUGUGCCAAGUUUCAAAGAUUUUUUAUAUAGAGCCGGAUUAGAGCUGUCAAAUGUAUUUGUUAUUGGUGUUAAGGUGUAGUGAGAGUGGUUUUCGUAAAUGGUCGUUCUUCUCCACAUGCUAUGCAAUUUGACGGUGACAUGACGGUAGUGUGUUAAAGGUAUCGCGCCUGAAUGUUUUUUUUUUUUUUUGAAGAACAUGCCAGUGAGCCUUCGUUGGAAAUGUUCUGAAUUCUUGAAUCUCUGCUUGUGUCUGUAGUAAAAGUUGUUGCAGGCAGUUGUCAUGAGUAUCUCUCAGAUCUACUCUCAUUGGCACCCAAAAGAAAGCACCAUGUAAGAAAUGUUGGUUCAAAGAUGUGUAAUGUGACAUUGUUUGUUGACAAUAAAGCUGUUUUUUUCUUUCAUUUCUAAA